AAAGUUCAUUUGCUUUUGAAACAAUAUGGCCGCUCACAUGGAGUUUCGCGAAGGUCUACAUCACUGAAACCUCCAGUCAUUUAAAUUUCUCUCGCUAUAAUUCUGACAGUGACUGUUAUCUUUCCACAGCUAGGGUUUUCCACGGUCAUCUUGCACUUUACGCUUCUUGUUCUUUUUUUUGUUUUGUUGUUGUUGUAUAUUCGCCCAGGUUGCCGCGGUGGUUUGUCUCGUCGCUACGCAGUCAGCGGUCAUGCCGGUGUCCGUGAAGAGCCUGCAGCAGAUGGCCAUCUUCGUGACUGUGUUCACUGGAGGGGGAUGCUCCAUGAUGUAUUACCUUAUGCAAAAGAACUUUGCCAGGUCGGAGUAUUACCGCCUGGCGCUGGAGUGCCUCAAUGAUCACCCCGUUGCCAUGGAGAGCCUGGGAGCCCCGCCCCUAAAGGCCCACAACAUCCGUCUGACAGACCGACACAACCGCAUCGACCACACCCGUGCUCAGAUUAAAAUCCCAGUGACGGGGUCUAAGACUGGUGGUUAUCUCUACACUUCCUCAUCCAAAAAUAACCCUUUGGACAGGUGGCAGCUCCAGGAAGCGGUGCUCCAGCUGAGGGACGGGCGGCGGAUCGACGUCCUGGCGUCCGGCGGGGAGGGCUCGGAGCUCGCAGGGGAGGAGGGAACAGAGCCCGGGUUUUUAGCCUUUUAGCCUGUCUCUGCCGGUCUGACCCCGGGUGAGAACAUCCAAUCCCCCGGUCACACGGAGAAGAGUAACCAGAAGGAUUAAAAUGUCGAACACGAACAUUUAAAGAGCUGCCAAAAUAGUGCCAUGUAAAUAAAAUGUAAAUAAAAUUUACAGGUCUGAUGUCAGGAAGCAAUUUAAAAAUGUGUUGUUUGUGUGUGUGUGUGUGUGACACAAGAUCUAGAGUGCUUGAAAUAAAUUAAUCGGCAAGUGUGUUUAGCCCAAAAAACCCCCCCAAAAACACAUGAUAACAAACAUUCCCGUUCCUUGGUCAUCUCAUUCGGUGCCUUUGUAUCUUUUAGUUAAGAGCGAGUCAGAUUCACAGGGCAAUGAGCACAGGGACAUCAGUAUCGGGUAUAUUAAGAUCUGUUUAUUCAUAGAAUUAUGUACAUCCUUUUUACAAAGGUUAUAAAAAAAA